AUGGCCCCCGUCGUCGUCUCCUCCGACACAAACCAACGCGUCACUAACCUGCUGCACAGACUCGAGGCCGCCACCUCGCGCCUCGAGGACAUUGCUUCCUCAACCAUCGAGAUCCCCCAGGCUGUGCCCGCCCUCAAGGAGACCCUCGCAUCUCCCGAUGGCUCCACCAAGGCCAUCUCUGAUGCGCCCUCCCGCGCACCCUCCGCGCCCUCCCGCGCACCCUCCGCGCCCGCCCCCGCGCCCGCCCCCGUCGCUCCCGCAGCCGCCGCCGCCGACGAGGACCUGCCCGACUCCAUCGAGGACUUCGAUGCCUUUCUGAAGACAUCCGUCGAGAAAUACUCCAAACUCAGCGAGGCCAUUGGUGGUCUCGUCGCUGAACAAGCUGCCAAGGUCCUCCAUGGUUUCCGGGAGGAGCGCAAGUUCCUGCUCAUCACCACCAAGGCCAAGAAGCCCAACAUGAGCAACGGCGAUGACAUGGAGGCAUACCAGCGGCUGCUUAAGCCCAUCAACGAGUCCCUGAUGGCUGUCAUGAACAUAAAGGAAUCCAACAGGGGGUCCCCCGUCUCCAACGAGCUCAGCGCCGUGGCCGAGGGCAUCAUGGUGCUGGCCUGGGUUACCGACGAGGGCAAGCCGCACAAGCACGUUGAAAACACGCUGGGCUCCGCACAAUAUUAUGGAAACCGAGUGAUCAAGGACAACAAGGACAAGAACCCGCAGCAGGUCGAGUGGAUACAGUCUUUCCACCAGAUCUUCAAGGACCUUAGUGAAUAUAUCAAGCAGUACUUCCCCUCCGGCAUCCCUUGGAAUGCCCAGGGCCAGCCAAUCCAGGAGGUCGUCAAGGCUGCUUCCGCCCCUGCCGCCCCAGCUUCUGCGCCAGCACCUCCUCCACCAGCUGCCGGUGGCCCACCACCACCCCCGCCACCAGGGCCCCCACCAGUCCUGCAGAUCAAAGAACAGAAGGAAGCCCCCAAAACAGCAGCAAGCGGCCUCGAUGCCGUGUUUUCCGAGCUCAACAAGGGCGAGGCCGUCACCGCGGGCCUGCGCAAGGUCGACCGGUCCGAGAUGACGCACAAGAACCCGUCGUUGCGCGCAAGCAGCACUGUCUCCGACACCUCCAGGGGCAAGAGCCCCGCGCCCGGGAAGAAGCCAAAGCCAGAGAGCAUGAGGGCCAAGAAGCCGCCCGUCAAGGCCUUCGAGGGCAACAAGUGGACGAUCGAGAACUUCGACAAGGAAGCAAACCCCAUCGAGAUCGAGGCUUCGCUGUCUCACUCGAUCCUGAUCAGCAGAUGUAACAACUCGACCAUCAUAGUCAAGGGCAAGGCCAACGCGGUGACCAUCGACAACACAAACAGGCUGAACCUGAUCGUGGACACGCUUGUAUCGUCCGUUGACGUGGUCAAGUCGCAAAACUUCGCGUUGCAAGUAAUGGGCACAAUACCCACCGUCAUGAUGGACUCGGUCGAUGGUGCCCAGGUCUACUUCAGCAAGGAGAGCACGGCCACCAAGAUCAUCCAUUCCAAGUCUGCGGGCAUCAACCUCAACGUCAUCUCCGGCCCAGAUGAUGAUUAUAUCGAGGUGCCCCUGCCGGGACAGAUUAGCUCCUACUACGACGCUGAGAAGGGGACAUUGGUGGACGAGAUCGUGUCUCACUCUGGUUAA